UCCAAGAUGGCCGACACAGCGCCCGGCACCUCCGGCACGCGCCCCGGCAGCAAGCACGGCUCCACGCCCGCCGACAACUACUACCUGGCUCGGAGGAGGACUCUGCAAGUGGUGGUCAGCUCCUUGCUCACCGAAGCAGGCUUCGAGAGCGCUGAGAAGGCAGCGGUGGAGACGCUGACAGAGAUGCUGCAGAGCUACAUUUCUGAGAUUGGAAGGAGUGCAAAGUCCUACUGCGAGCACACAGCGCGGACGCAGCCCACGCUCUCGGACAUCGUGGUCACUCUGGUGGAGAUGGGGUUCAACGUUGAGCUGCUGCCUGCCUAUGCCAAGCGCUCCCAGAGGAUGGUCAUCACUGCCCCUCCUGUGACAAACCAGCCUGUGACCCCCAAAGCCCUGACAGCUGGACAGAACAAGCCACAUCCAUCCCACAUUCCCAGCCAUUUCCCUGAGUUUCCAGAUCCUCACACUUACAUCAAGACCCCAACCUACCGGGAGCCGGUGUCCGACUACCAGGUGCUGCGGGAGAAGGCAGCGUCCCAGCGGCGGGACGUGGAGAGAGCCCUCACGCGUUUCAUGGCCAAGACAGGGGAGACUCAGAGCCUCUUCAAAGACGAUGUUAGCACCUUCCCACUGAUUGCUGCCAGGCCUUUCACUGUCCCUUACCUGACAGCUCUGCUCCCCUCUGAGCUGGAGAUGCAGCAGAUGGAAGAAACAGAUUCAUCUGAGCAAGAUGAGCAGACAGACACUGAAAACCUGCCCCUGCACAUGGGCACGGACGAUUCAGGCCCUGAAAAGGAGAACUCUUCAGUGCUGCAGCAGAACAGCUCCCUGGCAGGCAGUCGCAACGGGGAGGAGAAUGUGAUUGACAAUCCCUACCUGCGGCCAGUGAAGAAGCCCAAGAUCCGCAGGAAGAAGUGAGGGGCACCCAGCUCAGAGGAAGAGAAACCUGGGGGGGCUCAGCCCUGCUGCUGCCUGGUGAGAGGCAUGGAGCAAGACAGGAGAGGCAAGCAGCUGAGUGGCAGAAGCAGAAGGCUGAGCUCUGCCUGCCCAGCGAACUCUGCUGGGUUGCAGCUCUCCCUCCUUCCCCUCUGCUCUCCUGCUGCCUUGCAAUGGUCAAUGCUGGACUGCCUGAGAAGCUUGGAAGGUCACAGCUGGGAAUUGUCUGCUUUCCUUUGGUUUGUUCUCACUGUCAGCAGCAUUUUCACUCUCUGAAGGGAUGUGAGCCAGGGAGGUUCUUCUGCUCAGUGCUUCCCAGCAGGCUCUGUAGAAUACAAAGGCAGAAUUCAUUUGGGGCUGGCUGGCAGGGAAGAAAAGAAACUCCUGCAGCCAGCCCUGCCCAGCUUUAGAAUCUAAGGAGCAUGGAUUAAGAGAGAAGAAAAAAAUCCCAGGGAGGUUUCUUCCUGUGAGGUUCUUGGCAGGUAAAUGCAAACAGCUUUUGCUUCUGUCAACUAAAGGCAGCCUGAUGCCUUGCUGAGGGAGUGCAGGGUAAAUACAGAGCCAAAAGUGACAGUUUCCUCCUCCCUUGCCUGACUGCAGCUGCACUUCUGACUUGAAAGCACUCUCUGUGGUGAUUUCCCCUUGUUCUGCUUGGAGCUUAUUUCCCAGCAGUGUGACAGGCAAGAUUUAACAGCUGCUUGGGGCUGCUUUUGCACUUCUCUUGUUACUUUCAACACAGCACCAACUCCUUUGAGAGCUCAAAGCCUUCACCAGCUGGUUGUGGAAAGCUUCUGUGCUGAAAACACUUGGAAUGGGGAAGAGAGCUCCGUGGAUUGCAGUCUGCAAGGGCCAUGCUGUGCAUCUUUCUUUUAGCCAGUCUCAACCACAAGGUUUUACCAACAGAAGUUAACUCGUUUGGUUUUUUCCAGUUGCUCUCCAUUUAUUUCCCCAGAUCCCCCCCAGAAAAACCCCAAACAACUUCAUGUCAGCAGUGAAAGUGAGUGAUGAGAGGUGCAGCAGUGGCAGCUGCCUCUGGAGAGCUUUGCUUUAAUACUCCUUCAACCCUGGGCAGCGUUUCUUAGGUAGCUUAAAUCCUUAGGUUGAAUUUCUUUGCCCCCUGUAGCUGAAUCCUUUCUCCUCAGCACCUCUGCUGGAUGAAGAUGUGCAGGGAGAGGCAGGCAGAGGCUGUUGGCUGCUAGCAGGCAGCUUUGUGGCUCUCCUAGGGUAGGAGCUGAAUGCCAAAAGUCAGUUGCAGUCAGUGGAGAGAUGAGUUCUGCGUGGAGAUGUUUCACUUCUGCUUCCUUCCAGCAUCCUCCCAGGCCUCCCUCUUCUUCUUUCACCCAGGGGAGGAGGAAGAUAAAGAGAAGGAAUCAUUUUGGGGGAGAAUUGGAAGGUUUCCUGCCAAACCAUUUGAACUGGUGCCUGUGCCAUUGUCCCUCCUGCUGGUGCCUUGGUUGUACAGAGUGAUGAAUGUACAGAGAUGUUGUCUAUGUUUGUACAGAGCCAAAUUUCUAUCCCUUCUUUUUGGUUUUUUGGGGUCUUUUUACUUGGAUUAAGCAUUUUGGUUAUUUUUUUUUUCCCUUUUCAUCCUGAGGAAUUCCCUCCCUGGGUAGGGGUAAAAUGUUAACCUGAAAAUAGUGAUUUUUAAUGUUGGUAAUAAAAGACUUUUUAUCUCCUG